UGCAGCUCAGGGUUUAUAGUGGGACAGCCCCCUCGCCCUGCAGCCGUUCCUGUAGCCCCAGCAGCCCUGGCAGGAGCGCAGGCCCUUCCGCGUCUCCCCAGGGCUCUGCCCGGCCCCGCUUGCUGGGGCGGAUGGUUGUGCUCAGGGGGUGGGGUAGGUUGGAACUAACCCCACGAUCUGCACCACAAGCCCAGCAGUGGGAGUUGGUGGGUUUCCCGCGGUUCUGAGCCACGGGGCGCAGGAUUCGCUCAGCAGGGGCAGCCCCUGGGCCCACUGGGUCAGGCUCUGUAAAGGGAGAAGCCGGACCUGGAGCCGGGGGACUGCACCAGCAGCUGACACCCCACCACAGCCAUGAGCCUGGAGCCCCCAAAACUGGAGAUCAAGUCGGCCACCAGGGUGACUGGAGGGCCAGUCACCCCCAGGAAAGGGCCCCCCAAAUUCAAGCAGAGGCAAACCAGGCAGUUCAAGAGCAAGCCACCCAAGAAGGGGACCCAAGGGUUCGGUGAUGACAUCCCUGGCAUGGAGGGUCUGGGAACAGACAUCACCGUGAUUUGCCCCUGGGAAGCUUUCAGUCACCUGGAACUCCACGAGCUGGCACAGUACGGCAUCAUCUAGCCAGCCCUGAGCGUGUGUCUCAUGGCAGCCCUCGGAUUGUCACUAUUUAUACAGAGGGGGCUGCAGCGCUUUCGCUGCUAGUGACCAGACCAGCCUGAACAA